CUGCUCUGAGGGCCCAGCCUGGGCCGGACGCUGCGGGAGGCCGUCUCCAGGGUCCCUUCUGCCUGGGCCCAGCAUCUGCCCACUCCGCAGUUCCAGCGGUCUGGCCUUGGAGAGACCCUCCUGGGCAGCGAUGCCAGGCAAGCCUUUCCCAUGGUUGUGGCUGGUCCCACCUCGGCUCUGGCUGCCACCUGGCACACAGAACGCUCUGGCUACCGUGUUUGCCGACAGAGCCCCCUUUCUGCUGCUCCAGGAAGGCUUCCUGGGCUAAGUCCGUGGGCUGGCUGGGGCUGUGUCUGCUCCCUGGACGCCCUCUGGCUCUUGAGCAUCCUUCUCACCUUUAGCUCUCCUGCAACCAUGAUGCCAUCGCCGCGGCCAGUGAGUCCUGGGCCGGAGCCCCAGAGCCCCGGGGAGCCCCAGACCACCGUUCAGGACGGCCAGCGGACAAGCAGCGUGGAUGCACCUGACACCCUCCGGGAGGGCGCCCGGAAGCUGGGCCUGGGCACGUGGAAACGCGCCUUCUCCUGGGCCAGCCAGCACUCCCGAGCUGCCAGCGGGGACCCGGGGCCGCGCAGGCACAGCUCCCUGUUCCGGUCCUUCCGGCGGUCCCUGGAGGAAGGCCCUGCUGCCGGCCAGUCCCAGGGCGCCGCUGUGCCAGAGGAGCCCUUGGGAGCUGUGGAUGGUGCUGGCCGACAGCCCUCCACUGGUCCCAGGCCGGAGGUGCUGGAGUCCCAGACAGAAGGCAAAUCCGUGGCUGACCUCAUCACAGAGCGGCAGCUGCUGGCGGCCUUCGAACAGCUGCAGCAGCUGGAGGCGCAGCUGGUGGCCGAGAAGGACUCGCACACCUAUGAGCAGGACCCCACGGCCUUUGCGCGCCGCGCCAUGGAUGUGUGCCUGCACUACGACGCGCUGGCAGCCGAGAUCCGCGCCAUCGUGCGCGAGACGCUGGGCCCCGAGGGGGUGGACGCAGACGCUCUGGCCCAGGCGGCCAGGGUGGUGCAGGCUGAGGCCGAGGCCCACCCGGCACCCCCCGCCGACGGCGACUUCCUGCGCACGCCCCGCCACUGGUGCCAGCUCUGGGAGGAUGCGGUGAGGCAGAGCGCACAGGAGCGCGUGCAGGGCGCCGGCCUGGAGGGCACCGGGGACGCCGUGGGCCCCGAGGGCGUGCAGGGCCUGGCCCAGCUCCUGGCCCAGCUGGGCAGCUCGGUCCGCGGAGACCUGCAAAAGGUGCGGCGGGAGGUGCAGCCCGCGUACCCGGCCGGCCUACCCGUGUGGGAGGCCUACCUGCGUGCCUUCCACGGCGCCGUGGCGCAGCGCCUGCAGGGCCUGGCCCGCCGCGCACGCGGCUGCGAGCAGCUCUACCUGCUGCUGGACUGGGCGGCCAACGUGUACGGCAGCCCCGACUUCCUGGGCACCCCGGACUUGGCGCUGCCCGCGGAGCCGCUGCCCCCGCUCCUAGCGCCGGAGGUGUGGGCGCGGCUGGAGAGCGACUACACCAGCUUCCUGGAGACCAAGAUCGCCAGCUGCUUCGACCACAUCUUGCAGCUGGAGCGGAGCCGCUGGGCGGCCGCGGAGGCCCCCGAGGUGCUGCAGGGCCGCUACCGCUCGCCCCUGUCCACCGACGUGCACAUGCUGGUGGCGGAGCACGUGAAGGCGGCGGGCGCCAUCUCCGCGGGGCUGGAGGCCACCACGCUGCGGAUCUGCGCGCGGGCGCUCGGCCUCUUCGUGCCUAGGUUGGAAAGGGCGUUCCUGGAGUCGGAGGCGGUAAGCGAGCCGCAGCUGGGCGCCUACAUCAACACCUGCGAGGAGCUGAGGACCAGUCUCCUGGCCCGGUUCCCGGGCGCCCUGGGGGAGCUGGAGCCCACCCUGCAAGCCACCACCCGCACCUUCCAGAAGCACCUGCUCCGGAGUGUGCAGCGGAAGAUGCAGCCACUCUUCAGGGUCCUGUGCACCAAGAGCUGGCUGACCCACGACGCUCUGUGCCCGCUCAUGGACCAGGCGGUGGCCUUCGCCCACCACCUCAAGCACGUGGCCCCUCCGCUGGCACAGGAGACCCUCCAGGAAGUGCACCGGUUUGUGGUCCGGGAAUACCUAGUCCAGGCCCUGAGACCCCGGGAGAGGUUUCGGGGAGCCGAGCGUGUGAAUGGCGCCCAGAAGAUGACCCUGGAUGCGCAGGCCAUUGGCAGCACCUUCCAGGGCUUGGGCUCCGAGGCUUCCUGGCUGGACCAGGCCAUCCCCUGUGUGGCUGAGAUCCUGGGCGAGACUUACAAGGACGACAUCUGCCGGCACCUAGAAGCCCUCAUCCGAGGCUACCCUGACAUCAGGCGCGAACACAUCCUGGCCAUCCUGGCCCUGCGCAGACUGGGCCGCAGUCGGAACCAGAGUCUCCUGCAGCACGCGCAGAACCUGCUGCGGACCGCGGGGUCCACGCGGGGUCACGUGCUCUUUGAGGAGAUCGAGGUGUCCACCUCCAUGGAUGUGCUGGUCACCUGCAUCUAGCGCUGCUCUGACCGCCCCGCGUUGGCGCCCCCUCACUGGUGGGGGGCAGUGGACUGAGCCCCGGCCCCGCCCCCGAGAUGCCGGCACGCAUGGAGCCCCGCCCUGCGUCAUGCUCAGCUGCCCAGCCAGGAGGAGGCAGGGAUGAAAGCAUGUGAGGCAUUUGUGGGGGUGUAGUUUGGGGGGGCAGCACUGCCCAGCACCACCCCCUAGGUGGGAAAACCAAGAACAGGGUAUUUACUCUAAAAAUAAA